AUGCCAUCAUCUGAAACUUUCGUUCUUCUAAUUCCUGGUGUGAAUGCAUUACAUUCUUCUGGCGAGGGCGUUAUGGUGUGCGGUGAAAGACUAGCAAAGUACAUUAUGGGGCGGGUAAAUGCCACCUUAGCGCCAUUGGAGGCUUUGAAGAGAGGGUCGGAGAAGAGUUCUACGAAGAAAAAUAUCGAUGAAACUUCAUCUUUCGAAGACAGAAGCACUGAGACGGUCCCAACAACCCAUCUUCACUUUAGUUUUGUGGGGCAUUCUAUGGGAGGGCUUAUCAUCCGAGCGGCACUUCCACUCCUCAUCUCCGCCCUGCGCGAAAAGUACAACUGCAGAUUCCCCUCUCAAGCGCCCGAGGGCGAUCAGCCCGGGGAGGGGGAGGAUUCCCACGAGGGUGGGGUUGAAGUACACUGGGAGACCUUCUGCUCCAUCGCGACCCCCCACGCCGGGGUCGGCGAGAUGCCCUCCAGCUUCAAGACGUGGGCCAUGGGCCUGCUCACCUCCGUAUCCGCCAGUCUGCGCGACAUGUCUCUCACCUCCAACAUCCUAACGGAUAUCCUCCUGCAGGACUCUUAUCUCGAUGCCUGGAGGGCUUUUAAGCGACGCCUCCUUGUGGCCGCGCUGAACGACCAAACCGUCAUGGCAUACAGCUCUAUUUUCUGCAUUUUAUCCCAUGAUCAGGUGUUGCUUCGCGCACGGUGUCGUGCAGGGGUAAAGCAGGGGUCUUCACCCCCUCCUCCCACGCCCGAAGAAGCGGCAAAUUCACCGGUGCUCGAAACGGUACCGCUGGUCUCAGAGCGGGAGGAACUGCCACCGGUAGCGAUCGCCGCCUCGAGGCUGGAUAAGCUCUCGCCAGAGCGGUGGCCGGAGGAUAUCCUGCCGCGUGAGCGGGUCAUCGCGGAGCGCAUCAUCGAACGCGCAGGGCCUUUUGAGGUGUGUCUGGUCGACUUCCAGACUCGCCUGGUUAAGCGCUUUAAUGGCGGCCACUUCUGGGCUCGUUUGGGCGCGCGUCGAUUUGGACAUCGCGCCGUAAUUUGUAAAUCCCCUUGGAAUAACCCUAAGGUCUUUGGUUUUUUGUCCGAGUACGUGGUUGAUGUGCUGGUUCAAGCGGUUGAUCAGACAUGCCCGUCAGUUGAGCUGGCUAUGGCUGGGUGA